AUGGAUUCUGUGGAUCAAGAUCGUCUCGAAGAUGAGGCUAUGAUUGAAACGAGAAGAAGGUGGCGGUGGAGCCAGGAACAAAUUGACGAGUUUCUGAGGGAAAGGACAAGAGAUCGAGAAGAACUGCGCCAGGAACUGGCUGCAGAAUUGCGUGAGAGGGAAAGCAUGGAAUAUGAAAGAAGACAUAGGGACCGGGCCUCCGGGCCAGCCAUGUUAGAUCUGUUUAUUCCGUCAGUCGGCGAGACAAGGGAACAAACCUGCGGGGUGUGCCUUGAGGAUUUCCUGGAAGGCGGAAAGAAGCUGAGGAGGAUGCCCUGCUACCACUCCUUCCAUCAGCGCUGCAUCUUCGACUGGCUUCGCUUUAACCGUCGCUGCCCAGUGUGCCGCUUUGCGAUCACCUCCGUCGAGGAGCAACGUGCCCUUGACCGGGCAAAAGCCGAGGCACCGGCGACAUGUGGUGAUAGGUCAGAGCCAGCCAAGAGGCCGAGACAGAACCCGGCUACUGAUUGA